UAUAACUGCCAAAGCAGUAGUUGUGGACAGUUAAUGUAAUAUUAUUACUAGUAUGUUAACAAAUAUGUCGUCGUCUGGACAUAAUUUAUUAGUAUUCGUACUUGUUGUGCUUUUUGUUUUCUGUCGAUUCACUAAAACAGAAGAAGGUGAACUACCCGUAGAACCACCCAAGGAACCGCAGAUAAUAAAUUUAUCCCAUACAAAUGGAACUUUACUGUUUAAAAUGAGCUUGGAACAAACUGAAUGUGCAGUAGACGCAGACCAUGUACCUGGAGCAAAAAAACCAGAGAAGCGUCCAACUGGUAUCAUAGAGGGUGAAACUGAAAAUCAUUUAUUGGGAACAAAAGAAAAUCCAGCGAAGUUUUGUAGUGAGCCUGGGAUUAGCGAUGGAAUUUUUUACAUUAAUCGAGCAGAUCCCUUCGAAGUGGAUUGUAUCGAUAAAGGAACUUGCAUUGUAAAUGUAAAUACUGUGGAUAAAGAAACCGUUAUUAGAUCGGCAAUAACAUUAAAUACCACCAAAUAUUGGCUGAGUCAACAUAAAUUUAAUAUAUCUUCACUUUACGCUAAUAUUGAUGCGUUCCAAUUAUCUUAUCUUUUAAUGGUUUCAUCAAAAGUGAAACACACGAUACGGUACUACUACAAAAUAGAUAAAGAUAGGAAUCCGAAAGCUGAAGAUCUACAGCUUCUAUCAUGGACUGACCGCCUGAUAGGAACGGAGCCCACAGAACAAACGUCUUUGUUUUACGGUAUCGACGAGACUGAGAAUUGCUGGGACGACGAUGACCAAUGGCUGUGUACAGAUAUAUACUUAACAGAUGCCACAACAAGGCGACUUCCUAUCACUGAUGUUUAUUUAAAAAAUAUUCAAGACAGAGCUACUACCUCCGAGGAAACAGUACAAGUUUACUUUGAAUUUGUUGCCCUAUGUUUUUCUGACGAGUAAAUUUAUAACGGAUAA